AUGGUAAAUUCAUCAGCUUCGACCUCGAGCGGAAGGCAUCAGAGUCCUCUGUUUCGAAAAAGGACAGAUCUAUCAAUUUCAAUAGAAAAUAACAACAACGCCAAUGAGCGUCCGGUGUCUUUGAAAUCAAUUGAUGAUGAUAUUUCCUCCCCAGCUCAAUCUCACCGAAGCAAGGGAAGAUAUCUUUCUCCGAUGUCAAAAAGUCGAGUAGUUCAAAUGGAAAACGAAAUUUAUGAUGAUGUACUAAUGCAAAGCAAUAAUUCUUUAAUCUAUGAACGAUUGUUCAAUGCCAUGGAAAAGGAACGAAGCAAAAUUAUUGAAAAGGAGAGAGAGAAGAAAUGGAACUCACGGUUUCAUCUUGAUCCCAUGCCCUCCUACAACGUUCUCACAGACAAACAUGCCAAAAUGUACACAACUUCUACCACAUUCCUUACAAAUGGUUCGACAUCACGAUCGUCAAAAAAAACAGCAUACGACGUUGCGUCCAGCAGAGUAGACGACAGCUUGCAUAAGUUUCAACCUCGAAAAGUUACAACAGGUCAGCAAAGCCGAAAGAAAAAUACUGACAAGUCGAUUUUGAGCGAUCAAGGAACCAAAACAAGAGAAAAACCCCCUUUAGAACAAAAGAAAUCAUUAGCAGAGAUUGAAACAGAACAAUUCUUUUUAAAAGCAAAAUCUCGAAUUCAAAAACUAUGGAGUGAGCUACGAGUUCCAGAAGAAGAACGAGAAAAGUUUUCUAAAAUAUACCUUUCAAAAUGCUUAAAUGACAAUCUAGCAAUUAUUUCAGAAGAGAUUAAGAGGUUAACAGAACAAAGACACCUCAUUCUAUCCAUUCUCAAAAACAUUGAAAACAGAGAACUGUUGUUAGAAACUCUCAAUUCUUUGGUUGAAAGAUAUGGAGACGAAAAGAUAUUUAGCAAACACCUCGUUGCUAGAGAAGUGAAAAAUAUUGCUGCUUCACUCCGCCUCUGUACCUUAGACAUUGUUGAAGCAAUUGUACAUUGGAGAAAUAUUUUGCAAGCUCCCAAGCCAUUUGUUUGGAGAUCAAAGAAUUAUCUUCUUAAAAUCCAAACCGAUUUAGACUUCUUCUUGAAAUCAUCGCUUGUUUCCCUACUACCCAAUAUUAAUCCUGUAAAGAAUCCAUUUCUUAUGAGCGGUGUGGAAUUUGGCAUCUCCCCAAAGGGCUCACAGCUUGCUGAUAAAAAGAGUCAACUAUCUCCAACAAACGCUAAUAGAAAACGACCAAAAUUUGACCCAUCUCCCUAUCUCAACAGUGCUUCUCUCCCUCCUUUGUCAAAAUUAAGACAGUCAACUCCUGGUGACAACGACCCUCUUCGAGAGAGAAUUCUGUUUGCUCAAUCUGUUGUUUUCUCAGAGGGAAGAAACUCAGGCAACGAAAGUGGAGAAGAAGACGAAUAUCCAGCACACCGUAACCACGAAACAAGUCAUGAAAAGGUCACCAUUUCACCAAUGGUCGACGAAUCAGCUCAGGAUAAAGAGCUAGAAAGGAGGAUGAGGGAAGAACACGACAGAAUUGCUCGAGAAGAAGAAAUCAAGAGAAAAGAAGAAGCAAGAAGAAAAAGAGAAGAAAAACUGCGAGAGGAGCAACGUCAUUAUUCUUCACUAAUUAUUCAAGCGGUUGUGAGAGGUUGUAAAGCGCGUAUGGAUAUGAUCGAUUAUUUGAGAAAAGAGAAGGAAAAAGCUAACAGUAGCGCUGUAAAGAUUCAGUCACAAGUAAGAAUGCACCUAGCUAAGAAAAAGGUGGAGAGUGUGAAAAAAGAAAAACAACUCGUGACUUGUAUGCAAGCGCUAAUUCGAAGAAUUUUAGCUCUGAAUAGUUUCAAAGAAGAGCGACUCAAUCGACUCCAAAAAGAAGAGGAAAUCAAAGAGGAAUUCGAUGAACUGACCUUUGAACAUAGCAUGUUAGCUAACUACGACGAAGAGGAGGAAUCUCAGAAACCGAUUGACCAAGAGCAGCCAGUGUCGGCCGAACUUGUUUCCCUUAACAAGUCAGAAGCUCAAGAAAUUGAUGACAAGGAGAUGGAAAGAAAGAGAGAGCAAGCAUCGAUCAAAAUUCAAUCCCAAAUAAGGUUGUUCUUGGCAACAAAAAAAGCGUCUGCAGUGGCAGAAGCUAGAAAACGCUCAUUCGAAUUGGAAUUGGAACAAGAACGAAGAGAAUAUGAAAAAGCCAAACAAGAACGAAAGCAACUUAAACUUGAACGUGCAACCCUUAAUAUUCAAACUCUUUGGAGAGCAUGUUCAGCAAGAAGAGCUUCGUCAGAAUUGAAGAAGCAAAAUGUUGCAGCUGUAAAGAUCCAAUGUAUGGUCAGACAAAGAUUGUCUCGUGCCAAAGUUGAUCGAACAAAGAAACAAAAACAAGAAGAACUGGAGAGAUUUUUGGAAGAGGAAAGAAAGAUGUACGCAGAUGUUUUGAACUCUAUUUAA